UCAUUUUCCUAUCAUUAUUCAUAAUCCGCAGUGUUUUGUGCUAAUAGUGGUAAUAUCAGUGCGUAUUACAAGUUAUUAAACCGGUGAAAGUGACGUUGAAACGGUCAAGGUCACGUAAGUAUUGCCGUGCAAUUUAUUCACAUAAAAUCAGUGUUAUCUUGUUCUCUUGUGUUCCACAAACGCCAAAAUGACUAAAAAGAAGCAUUCUCUCACUCAUUUUGAAAGUUUAGAUGAUAAUUUAGUAAGAGAUUUGACUAGAAAAAGGGGCGUUAUUCGCGGUAAACUAACGUUAUUUUUAAAAUUUGUCGAUUCCUUAGAAAAUAUCACAAUUACUGAGGCAAUUCGAACAGAAUUACAAACGCGCUUAGAAAGGGCGGAAUCGUUUCUAUCUAGUUUUUCAGAAAUACAAGAUGAAAUAGACGUUAACGUACCUGAAAUUCAAAUUGAAAAAGAAUUAAAAGAGAGAGAAACCUUCGAGAAUCAGUUUUAUGCUUGUGUAGCUAAGUCUAAAUGCAUAAUUAACGAAAAUUCAGUGGAAACACAAAACAAUAAAUCAUUUUCUAAAGGUUCCUGUGCAAUUAAACUACCCACGAUUUCACUACCCUCGUUUGAUGGUUCAUACGACCAGUGGUUGGAAUAUCGUGAUACAUAUCUGUCUCUGAUACAUAACUCUAAAGAAAUAGAUAAUGUUCAAAAAUUUCAUUAUUUGCGUUCUUCUCUCACGGGUAAUGCAUUGAUGGUUAUUAAAUCAUUGGAGUUUUCAUCUGAAAAUUAUAUCAUAGCAUGGGAUCUAUUGGAAAAUAGAUAUAACAAUAAUCGUUUACUUGUCCAAAAUCAUGUCAAGGCGUUGUUUAAUAUUGCAUCACUAAAUAAGGAAUCAUCAGUGCAGAUUCGUAAGCUGAUUGAUAACAUUUUGAAAAAUAUGCGUGCCCUUAAGACCUUAGGUGAGCCAACUGAGUCUUGGGAUACUUUAAUUAUUUAUUUAAUCACUUCUAAAUUAGACUCAUGCACUGAGCGUGAAUGGGAAUACUACAAAGGUACUCUCACACAAACACAGUCUGGCACACGUUUAAAAUUAAAUGAUAUUUUAGAUUUUCUUAAAAAUAGGGCGGAUGUCUUAGAAACGAUUAAUUUAUCUCACAGUAAAGGUAGCACGACGUCUGAUAACAACAUUAAAAACCGGUUGAAUACUCAAAAUAAAUCACAUAGUUUUGUAACAACACAAAAUAAACAAUCAAACACAUUAAACAAAAAUAAUUCAAAGCGUUCACGUAAUUGCAGUAUGUGUAACGAUACUCAUCCACUAUACGCAUGCAAUUCAUUUUUGAAUUUGUCAGUUAAAGAUAAAAUUAGUUUUUUAAAAGAGAAAAAGCUAUGCUUUAAUUGUUUACGCGCCGGCCAUAUUUUAUCUGAAUGUUGGUUCGGCCCAUGUAAAAUAUGUAAUCAAAAACACAACAGCUUAAUUCAUAGUGAUGACGCUUCAACAUCAUCAGCUAUGGUGCAAGUUUCAGAGUCACAGAAUGCAGUCGGUUCGCAUUCUAGUAACACAAACUUAUUGCAUUCAGCAGCACACGCAUCAAAUACGCAUAAAAUUAAUACUUCUCAUUCAUUAUUAGAGAAUGUAUUGUUAUCCACAGCUUUGGUUGAAAUAGCAGAUGCAAAUAAUACCUACCACACUACUCGCGCUUUAUUAGAUAAUGGUAGUCAGCACUGCUUCAUUAGUCAAUCAUUAUGUCAAAAAUUAAACGUUCCAUUAAUACAGUCCACUGUUCAGGUCACUGGUGUUGGUAACUCAGUGACUCAUUCAUCAAAAUCGUGUGACAUAAAUCUAAAAUCAAAAUACACAGAUUAUAGUACUCGCUUAAAAUGUUUAGUUUUGUCUCAAAUCACGGCCCAAUUACCUGCACUAAAUAGUAAAUUGCAAAUUAGUGUUCCAAAAAAUAUUCAGUUAGCCGAUCCGUAUUUUCAAUCUCAAACUGAAAUUGAGUUGUUAAUAGGUGCAGAUAAAUUUUGGGACUUAUUAAACGAUGGCUUAAUUCGCUUAAAUAGUGGCCCGUAUUUGCAAAAUACUAAAUUGGGAUGGAUAAUAUCUGGUCCAAUAAAAAAUAAAACAUUUACUCGCAUAAAUAGGGUUCAGUGUAAUUAUUCACAAUCAUUAGAUACUCAACUUAGAAAAUUUUGGGAGUUGGAAGAAAUCACUUCAUGCAAUAAACUCACAAAAGACGAAUUAAUAUGCGAAAAAUUAUUCAAUGAAACGACGUAUCGAGACGAUGCGGGCAGAUUUUUUGUGCGCAUUCCAUUGGCUAAGGCCAGCGACACACUAGGAGAUUCAUACGCACUCGCACAAAAUAGAUUUUUCGCUCUUGAACGUAAACUAGAUCGUAGUUCACCUGAAUAUAAAAAACUAUAUUGUGAUUUCAUGAAUGAAUAUAUACAAUUGGGACAUAUGACUCGCAUUAAUAAUUAUACAUUUCCAAAUUAUUUUUUGCCUCAUCAUGGUGUGUUGCGCGAACACAGCACCACCACAAAACUACGAGUUGUAUUUGAUGCAAGUGCGAAAACUACAUCAGGUCAGUCGCUUAACGACAUACAAUUAAUAGGUCCUUGUUUGCAAAAUGACGUUUUCUCUAUAUUACUGCGUUUUCGUCAGUUUAAUUAUGUAGCAUGCGCUGACAUUGAGAAAAUGUACAGGCAAAUCAAUAUUCAAUCCGACCAAAGAAAUCUUCAAUUAAUUAUUUGGCGUGAAAAUAAAUCAGAUGAACUCGGUGUAUACCAGCUUAAUACCGUUACAUACGGCACGGCGUCUGCGCCGUACCUUAGCAUUCGAUGCAUCAAACAGCUGGCGUUAGAAUGCGAGGAUGACGUAAUUAAACGCAUUAUUGACGAGGAUUUUUUCGUUGAUGAUUUGGUAACAGGUCACGAUAAUAAAGACACUUUAAUGGACAUUUGUGGUAAAGUUUCAGACAUUUUAAAGUCGGCAUGUUUUCCCUUACGUAAAUGGAUGUUUAAUCUAGAACCUUCCCAUAGUAAAAUUACAAAAGAAUUAUCAAUUGAUCCUAACUUUACCAAUGUUACCAAGCGCAUAAUUUUAUCUGUUAUCUCACAAAUCUAUGAUCCGUUGGGUUUAUUAUCGCCAGUAAUUAUAAUAGCAAAAAUAUUAUUGCAAAGGCUAUGGCUUUGCAAGCUGGGCUGGGACGACUCCGUGCCUAAUGAUAUUUGUAAUGAGUGGCAUAAUUUUAUUAACACAUUUCAGUGCUUACAAAACAUACGCAUACCACGUCACGUGAGGGAACCCCAUUCUAAAUACACGGAUUUGCACAUAUUUACAGACGCAUCACAGGACGCGUAUGGGGCCUGCGCGUACGUGAGUACUUACAGCGAUGAUUCACCAGUGCUAGUCAGGUUACUUUGUGCGAAAAGCAAAGUCGCUCCUAUUAAGCCAGUCACUAUGCCACGGCUUGAACUUUGCGGUGCCUUAGUCGGGGCUAAAUUAUUUAAGAAAAUUAGUGAGUCAUGGAGAAUAAGUUUUAAUAAUGUUUAUUUUUGGUCAGAUUCAAUGAUUGUCGUCAGCUGGGUCAAAAUGUCUCCAAAUCUAUUGAAACCUUUUGUUCAAAACCGAGUGGUACAAAUAAAUGAUUUGACCGGUGAGUUGCCGUGGCGACAUGUCGCGGGCAAAGAUAACCCGGCCGAUCUGUUGUCACGUGGACUACCACUCGAUGCAUUACAACAAUCAGAUAUUUGGUGGCACGGGCCAGAGUUUUUGCGUGAAAUUAAAAAUGAAUCUAGUCAAAAUGAUGUUCAAGUUCUUGAUAUGUGUGAAAUACCGGAGUUAAAAUCAAAUAAUUGCACAAUAUCAUGUUUAGCUAAAUUAAAUAAUGCAUUUCCUUUUGAACGUUUCUCUAAUUGGAAUCGAAUGAGACGCACAAUGUGUUAUGUGUUGCGAUUUAUUAAUAAUUUGCGCAUAAAAAACAAAUCGCAGCGCAGCAGCGGCCCAUUCUCAUCGAAAGAGCUUACUGAGUCGGUAAAUGUUUUAGCAAAAUUUGCACAACAAGAAUCACAUCCAGAUGUUUACCACGCUUUAGUAAAUAACCUACCUAUAAAAUCUAGACAUAUUUCCGGUCUGGACGUUUUUUUGGACAAUUCGGGUCUUAUUAGAGUGGGAGGAAGAUUGCAAAAUUCUGAACAUUAUUCUUAUAAUAAAAAACACCCUAUACUUUUAAGCUCAAAGCAUAUUUUCUCUCAACUUUUGUUUCGAUUUGAACACAUUCACUUACUUCAUGCUGGACCUCAGCUGCUUCUUGCCACUAUUAGAGACAGUUGGUGGGUACUCAGAGGGCGAGAUUUGGCGAAGCAAACUGUACAUAAGUGCAUUUCGUGUACACGUCAAAGAGGAAAGACAUUAAAUAUAAAAAUGGGUAACUUACCAUCUGAACGACUAGAGCCAGGGUAUCCAUUUCAGCGUUGCGGGGUUGAUUACGCAGGACCUGUGUUCAUUUUAAAUCGAAGGGGAAGGGGGGCAAAAUUGAGCAAAUGUUAUAUAUGCCUAUUUGUUUGUUUUACUACUCGUGCAGUGCAUUUAGAGUUAGUAACGAGUCUCAGUUCUGAAGCAUAUUUAUUAGCUUUAAGAAGGUUUUUGUCUCGUCGCGGAAAGCCAGCGGAAAUAUUUUCCGACAACGGAAAAACCUUUGUAGGCGCUUUAAAAGAAUUAUCUCAGUCAUUUAUUAAUAAUCAAACAGAUAUCAUAAAUUAUACGGCCAAUGAGAAUAUCAAAUUUAGCUUCAUUCCACCGUAUUCGCCCCAUUUUGGUGGUUUGUGGGAGGCAGGGGUCAAGUCGACCAAACACCAUUUGCGUCGGUUAGGGAACGCGAACCUCACUUAUGAGGAAUAUUCAACAUUAUUGGCACAAAUCGAAGCAAUCCUUAAUUCCAGACCCAUGUAUCCCAUGUCGACCGAUCCCAACGACCUACUUCCACUCACUCCAGCCCAUUUCCUGGUUGGCCGACCGCUUGUUGCGCCUGGCUACAAAGACAUCACGACUGCAUCUACGCCUCACUUGAACCGGUACGAGCGCGUCGAACAAAUGCGGCAGAACUUCUGGAAGCGCUGGACGAAGGAGUACAUCGGGGAACUGCAGACCAGAACCAAAUGGCAGAUUAACCAGGACAACUUGGCGCCUAACACUCUGGUGCUCAUAAAAGAGGACAACUUGCCACCACUAAAAUGGCGACUAGGAAGAGUAACACAAACCUUCCCGGGAGAAGAUGGACUAGCUCGAGUGGCAGACGUAAAAACUGAAAGCGGAAUCAUAAGAAGAAGCUACCAGAGAUUAUGCCCAUUAAUGCCAGAAGAAUAACCGUUGGAGGCAGCUGCUCCAAGGCGGGGGGCAUGUUCAGAAAUCGAUUACGACAUCACUAGCGAACGCGCACAUCACUACGCACGAAACUGACAGAAAACGGUUGCGAUCGCGCCCGGCGCCUACCCCACUUGACUACCAUUCCUCUAACCGCGAACAUCAAAUAUUUGUAUACGUUAUUUCAUGUUAUAAACGCUGAGUAUCGAAGAAAGCGAGUUUCAAUCACAAAUACAUCACAUCCAU